AUGGCCAAUCUGGGUGUAUUCGAGCUAUCCAGAAACUUCCAUGUGUUCAAAUUGACGGUUGUUGCCCUGAAGAAUAUCUUCUCCUACAACAUCAACACAGAGAGACUUCACCAUGACUACUUCUCCAUCAACAAUCUCUCUUUUAGAGUGACAUUAUCAUCUCAACAUCCUCAGCCUCAAUGUGCAACACGCCUCAACAACACCAUCAUCUUCCUUGGAGAUUCCUGCCACUGCACAACGGUCCCCGCCAAGGACGCAGACGAGCAUAUAUUUAGGCCGGUGAUUCCGAACAACUGGAGCGGUGGGUCGACUGCGGCCCCGCUCAAUGGCAAAGCCUCCGAGACCACCAUCUCCCCCUUGAUCAUAACUGUCGACGCGCUUGCUGAACCCCGCAUCUCCCUGCCGAGACGCCUCCAGGACAUUGUUGAUUUCAACUACGCCGUCAGUAUGAAGGGUGAGCUAGAGCAUGGCGCGUCCACGACGCUGCUGAGCGAGUCCCACGCCCGUUAUCUGUUCUGGAGGUGUCGACAGAUGGGUGCGCAUCUAGCCAGCACGGGAUGUGACUUACGGGCUGGAGAUAUGCACGGAGACGGCAAGUGGUUCCACGGAGGGGAGCUAUGUCACACAGGCCGAAAGGGUGCCUUUGGUGUUCUUGGAUGA